UUGGAUUCAGGUGUUCUAAUCACCUCCAUGGCCACAGGUGUAUAAAAUCAAGCACCUAGGCAUGCAGACUGCUUCUACAAACAUUUGUGAAAGAAUGGCUCGCUGUCAGGAGCUCAGUGAAUUUAAGCGUGGUACCGUGAUAGGUUGCCACCUGUGCAAUAAGUCCAUCCGUGACAUUUCCUGGCUACUAAAUAUUCCACGCUCAACUGUUAGUGGUAUUAUAACAAAGUGCAAGCAACUGAGAGCAACAGCAACUCAGCCACCAAGUGGUAGGCAACUUACAAUGACAGAGCAUGCUGAAGUGCGCCGAAGUCGCCAACUGUCUGCAGAGUCAAUAGCUAAAGACCUCCAAACUUCUUGUGGCCUUCAGAUUAGUACAACAACAGUACAUAGAGAGCUUCAUAGAACUGGUUUCCAUGGCCGAGCAGCUGCAUCCAAGCCUUAAAUCACCAAGUGCAAUGCAAAGAGUUGGAUGCAGUGGUGUAAAGCACGCCACCACUGG